AAGGGGCAUAUUAAAUCAUAUCAAUAGAAAAGUGAGAAUUCAUGCUAUCCACUGGUAUAUUUUUUUUUCUUAUUUCAAUGAUAAUCCUACGGUUACUGUCGACAUUAAUGCCAUAUAUGGUGUUAACGGGUUAUUUUUAUAAUGAAAGCUUAGCAAUCAAGGUCUUCAGCAGCCGAAAUAACACAAUUAACGAAGCGAUAACUUACUCCAAUCAGUCAAAAAUCAUGGGAACCUACAAGGAGUUUGUAAAGUCUAUACAAGCUGAUAGACAAAAUGUACAGCAGGAAAAUAGUAUCUAUGAAUCUUACACCGUUUCAAUUAGUCCAACUUAUUUCAACAGAAGAUCGGAAAAAAGUGAUGGCAUAAGUAAUGAUCUCAAUUAUAAAUCGAAACCACUGUUUAUGAGCAGUUUGUCACAUUACGGCAACAGCAAUGAAUCAAAAUCAACUUUUAAGAUUAUAAAACAAGAUAAUAACUACAUCGUUGAAUGGAAAUGCGAACUUUCACUUCUUAUAUUCACGUUAAUACAAAAUAAGAACUUUCCUAAGACGCCCGAUGCAAUUUUAGCUUCGUAUUCAGCAAAUACAAAAAAAUAUAAAACUAUGAAUGAGUCGUUACAGUUAUGCAAAAUAGUAUGCAGAAAGAGUAAAGUAGAUGAAAAUGACUGGGAUUUAGCUAACGUACAUUACGUGACAAACAACGAUAUGAUCAAAACUGUAACUAAACAUGGAUAUCUUGGAAAUGUCACAUAG